UUCGUAAUUUUUUAAUUAUUAUUUUUAUACUGCUUUAUUUUUGGUUGUUUCUAAAAAUGUUAAAAAUUUUCUUUUGUUAUCCAUUUUUCUUUGCUUCCUGACUGAACGGAGAAAUCGGGCAACGUCUUGGUGUUACGACUUACACCUGACAUGUAAUUGGGACGUACAUUGCUUAACCCACGUUUUUCGAAUCCCUCGUUUAAAACGAUCAUAGGUUCUAGACUAAUUUGGUCCACCUAUUUCUAAGAAAGGCGUCGAUUUCAAUCAUUAAGGUUAUAUUUCACUAUUUUACUGCACUAAGCCACCAACGCGUGGCGUCACUAAGCUUUUGCCUUCGUUGGAAGGAAAAUGGUAAGCGUAAUCGGGAAAGAAAUGGUUCCCUACGAUGCUAGUCUCCACCGUGAUCAGUCGUCACAAAGCAGUUCCUCGUCAAUUGUUAUCGAUUCCAAUCCUCCAACUGAAGAAGAAAAUUCAAAUGCUGUUGCCAGGUUGAGUGACUUUAUCAAUUCUAGCGAUUCAGACCAUUCAUCACAAGAAGCACUAGCAAACAAAUCAAGAAAACUGGAUUUGCUAGAUAUAAUUGAAGAUAUCGAUGAAGUAGACCCUGAAUGUGUCAAGGAAAUCUUAGAGGACCACAAAAAGUUUCCACCCCAACACAGGCCCGGAGAUCCAGAAGAAAAUCCUGCCACUCGAGAGAAAUUGAAUUACUUCUUAAAGGUCCUUGAACUCAAGAUCGUAAAGUACAGUAAAUUGGCAAAUUGCAGAAUCCCUCAGUCCCUAAAAAACAUUCCCAUAGCUUUGAGCUAUGAAACAUUCAUAACUUUGUAUUGGCCUGGUGCCAUGAGCUGCUGCAAAAAGCUUUACAAGAGCUCACACAAAUAUAGUGCUCAUUACUACAAGCAGCAUGUACCACAGAUAACAAUUCCAUCACCGUCACUUAAUCUUGGUUGCAUCUCAGCUACGCCACCCGAAGACGACAUGAAUGAAACGGAAACAGUGAGCAAAACUUCUUCAACUUCCCAGUUGGCCACAGCUCAUUUGUAUUCGGACAAUAGCAGUGACAUAGUCUCCCUACCUGACGAGUUAGGCGAUAAAAGUCUUCCCGCUCAGGAAAGCGUCCCAAACUUCCGACAGGCAAUGACGUCACAAUCACUGACUAACCGACCCAGUUCAUCAAGCGAUUCUACCGGUCUAGCUGCCAGGAAACGCAAAACGCUAAGUCCGUCAAGUCGUCCUGGCCCUUUAAGUUACAAGCAGCCGAAACUAAAUCAAACAAUUGCUACGAUAGAUUCUUCAGUGGAGUCUGGAGAUGAAAGAAGUUCAAGUCGUCCUAAAAGAGCACGUAAAAGGUGCAGUAGUCAUGAUGCCUUUGGAAAUAAAAUUGAAGAAAAAAUGGGCGAAUUGGAACGUGAUCAAAUGAAAUAUGAACCGCAGCAUGAACCAGGUGCACCUGAAAACUUUAUUGCAACUUCCGAACGCCUUAAAUACUUUGCUGAAGUACUAGCCCUCAAGCUCGGCAAAUAUGGGCAUUUAAAUACUCCGCGGCAAGCUAGUUCCUCCACGCAUAUCCCGUUAGCACUCAGUUUGGCAGGGUUUGUGCAGUAUUAUUGGCCCGGAAAAGUCAUUUGUUGUGGGCUGGUGAGGGAAAAUUCACACGUGCUGGAGAAACACAUCAAUCGAUCUCAUCGUCCGCCAAAACCAGGUCCCUCCUUGGCUGUCGUCACAUCGCAGAUAGAUUCAUCGGUUUUUAACGAUACUGAAACAGACUCUACAGAUAUCCGUCAAACCAAAAUAACCAAUUUUCUAUGUCCUAAAGGUGCCAAAAGCGAAGUGUCGGAUAGACCAAGCUCCAAAAGCCCUCCCGGUUUUCAAGCGGACCAACACAAAUUCCCUCCGCAGCACAAGCCGGGAGAACCGGAAGAUUUUUUUGCGAAUCAAGAGAGUAUUGAUUAUUUCCUAGAAGUGUUGACAAUCAAAAGAGAAAAAUAUGCCAGUAUAGUCCCAAUCAAAGAGAAACCCCUGAGUAGCAAUUGGACAGAAUUUGUUCUGCACUAUUGGCCAGGAAUGAUGAACUGUUGUGGCCACAUUUUUACCUCAUGCAAAGAAUUUCAAGUACACUUUAACGCUUCACAUUUACCGCCGAAAAAGAUUCCUCGUCCGAAAGUUGUCGAUCCGUCAGCAGCCUUUCCUGGACCAGCAUUGAAACCUGAAGCAGUUUCUCAGUCGAUCCCAUCUGUGGCGACUUCACCUGUGUCAAGUCGGUCACCAUCUCAGGGCAAACAACGAUCCCGCGAACAAUUAGCCAUUGAGUCGGCUCCCUCUCGUAACGCGGAUUCGACUAGUCAGUUUCCGUCUAUCCCACUGACUCCCUCUCACCUUUUGAUGAUUAAUUCGAUCCAAGAAGAAGCCCGUAAAUUGCGAUCACAAACUGCACUAGGUGAUGACAGUGUCAGCCUUAUUGCCUCUACUCGAGCGCUUGUUGGAAUUGUCCAGUUCCAUAGCGAAUCGAAUUCGAGGGGCGAUGGAGGCCGAAGCCAUUCCUCACGCCAUCGAAUGCCUCGAGUACGUAUGGAGUGCAUCCAAAGCGGCCAUUCUUCGUUGGGAAGACCUUAAAGGCAGGUCUAGUCGCGAUACCUCCCUCAUUGCUGUUCAGUACGCCUAUGGAACACUUCCUGUCUUUACCAAUUGGGAGCAGAGCAAACACUUGGAAAUGUUGGAAAGCAUCGUUGUGCUUACUCUCAACACAGUCAAGAACUGGCAGCCUCCACCUUCCAGCCGUGAGUCGGCUUCAUUAUUUUUUAAUUGUUAUUAACAAACAAAUUGACUAUCCUACCGUCAUGAUUGAUACCAUAAAAUUAUCUUAAUUUUUGGUACGGUUUUAAGAAUCUGGACCUUAUAUAAUACGAGAACUUUUGACCUAAAUAAACUCCAAUAAUUCAUCUUUUCA